AUGAACACUAGUCUGUGCAGGUUGGAGCUUGCAUACAGAGGUGUUACAAAGAACCAACCCAUCAUUCAAAAGUGUGAAUUGUUGCUGCUAAAUCUAUACCUUUUCUACAAGUACAAUCCACUGAAAAGAGCUAUCUUGAAGAGUUAUUUCGAGAGCCUUGGAGAACCCCCUAUUGUGCCAAGAAGAGUGGGUGGCACAAGAUGGCAACCGCAUACAAAGAAGGCGUUGGAACACCUCUUAAAGGGUUACAAAGCCAUUGUUCAGCAUCUGGAACAACUACAAGGCUCGGGAGAAGAGAAAAUGGUGGGAAGUGCUAAGGCUAGAAACUUUUUGAAGGCACUAAAAGACAAACGCCUGGUUAUGUGGCUCCAUUUUCUGCUGGACAUAGUAAACUGCCUAUCUGACGUGUCCUUGGUCAUACAGGCAAACAACUGUACAGUCUCUGAUGUGUGGCUCGAGUUAAAGAGCGCAAAACAAAGUAUUGCCAGCUAUAUUGCUUAUGGAGAAGAAUUUGUUGAGGAGCUUGUUUCCCUUGCCAGUCCAGCACUUGAAGCAGCUGGAUCAGUGCCUGAUAAAGUUAUGGCAGAGUGGGUCAGACUAAAGAACAAGUUGUACAGUAAGUAG